UCUUAGGAUCAGCUGUUUUUUAGGGGAACCACGGAGCGCCAGCCAACGCCAAUUACGAUCGUCAUUUAGCUCUCUGCCCGUGUGAGCUGGUGAAGAUGGUGAAGCCAGACAUCCACACUCUGGCCCACCACCUGAAGCAGGAGCGGCUGUACGUGGCGUCGGAGAAGCAGCUGAUCCAGAGGCUCAACAGUGAUGUGCUGAAGACGGCUGAGAGGCUGUACCGGGCCGCAUGGAUUGCCAAGCAGCAGAGGAUCAACCUGGAUCGUCUCAUUCUCACCAGUGCGGAGGCCUCUCCCGCUGAAUGCUGCCAACAUGCCAAAAUGCUAGAAGACACACAGUUUGUCGAUGGCUACAAGACUCUGGGCUUCCAGGAGACGAUCUAUGGCGAGUUCUUGGCCAGGUUGAGGGAGAACCCCAGGCUGGUGGCAUCCUGUCUGGUGGCAGGAGAGAGGCUGAACCAGGAGCACACCCAGGGGGUCAUCCAUACAGUCUUCACCUCCCUUUAUGGCAACUGUAUCAUGCAGGAGGAUGAGAGCUACCUGCUACAGGUGUUGCGAUACCUGGUAGAGUUUGAGCUGAAGGAGAGUGACAACCCUCGCCGUCUACUGCGACGGGGAACCUGUGCCUUCAGCAUCCUGUUCAAGCUCUUCUCCGAGGGCCUGUACUCAGCCAAGCUCUUCCUCACUGCCACCCUCCACGAACCCAUUAUGCAGCUAUUGGUGGAAGAUGAAGACCACCUGGAGACUGACCCAGCCAAGGUGACAGAGCGCCUCACUCCGGCCCAGCAGGAGCGCUUUGGAGAGAAGGGCUCCGAGGGCUACAAACAAAGGGUGCAGGCGGCUGUGGAGGCCAACGAAGCCAAGCUGGUAGCUCUGGUCAACAAGUUUAUCGGUUACCUGAAGCAGAACACCUACUGCUUUCCCCACAGCCUGCGCUGGAUCGUGUCGCAGAUGUACAAGACUUUGUCAUGCGUGGAGCGUCUUGAGGUGGGCGAGGUGCGCACCAUGUGUACAGACCUGCUGCUGACCUGCUUCAUCUGCCCAGCUAUAGUUAACCCAGAGCAGUAUGGUAUCAUCUCAGACGCCCCCAUCAAUGAGGUGGCCCGCUUCAAUCUAAUGCAGGUGGGGCAGCUUUUACAGCAGUUGGCCAUGGCUGAUGAUGAUGCAGACCCGAGGCGGAAAAGCAGUCUGUCCAAAUUUGACAAGAGUUGCGUUGCUGCCUUUCUGGAUGUUGUGAUCGGAGGAAGAGCAGUGGAGACCCCACCCAUGUCCUCGAUGAACCUUCUCGAAGGCCUCAGUAGGACUGCGGUCUAUAUUACACAUAAUCAGCUGCUCGUGCUGGUGGACUAUGUGCGGAGUGUGAUGGCAGGGGACCACCUUCGGGAGGAGGAGCACAUGGCUCUGGAGACCCUGCUUGCCAACGUGCCCCAGAAUCGAACCGUGAAGAGCAACAGUCUGGAGCUCACUCCCUCCAACACCCCCCAGCUCUCCCCAGCUACCACUCCUGCCAACAAGAAGAACAGGCUCCCCAUAGGACAACACUUAGCCGCUAUAACAUCCUGGGACCCCACAACCACCACUCUGUCUGCUCACAUUCCAUUAGUAACCCCUUUUGCAGCUGCUCGCAGCCGCAGCCGUACCAACAUAGCCCAGGAGGGGGAGGCAGAGGCCAGCUCUCAAGAAUCCCUACAGGAGCUGAUGCCAGAGGAGGUGUUGGUGAUUUCACUAGGAACCGGUCCUCAGACUGUCCCUGGGAUGAUGUCAGAGAAUGAGGUUUUGAACCUGCAGAUGGCUGAUGGGACCCAGGGGGAUGGCCAUGCCGAUGAUACUAAGCUGCAUGGUAAACCAGACAAAACCCUGCGCUUCUCCCUCUGUAGUGACAACUUGGAAGGCAUCUCAGAGGGUCCAUCCAAUCGUUCUAACUCUGUGUCAUCUCUGGACCUGGAGGGAGAGUCUGUUUCUGAGCUGGGUGCGGGACCAUCAGGGAGCAACGGGGUGGAGGCUCUGCAGCUUUUGGAGCAUGAGCAGGCCACCACUCAGGACAACCUGGAUGACAAACUGCGCAAGUUCGAGAUCAGAGACAUGAUGGGUCUGACGGAUGAUAGGGACAUCUCCGAGACGGUCAGCGAAACCUGGAGCACCGAUGUGCUCGGCAGUGACUUUGACCCCAACAUGGAUGAAGAUCGGCUGCAGGAAAUAGCAGGGGCAGCUGCAGAGAACAUGCUCGGCAGCUUGCUGUGUCUUCCUGGCUCGGGUUCAGUACUGCUGGACCCCUACGGCUCCACCAUCUCAGAGACCACAAGCGAGGCCUGGAGCGUGGAGGUCCUUCCCAGUGACUCAGAAGCCCCGGACCUGAAACAGGAGGAGCGUCUGCAGGAGCUGGAGAGCUGCUCAGGGGUUGGCAGUACCUCAGAUGACACGGAGGUCAGAGAGGUCAGCUCGAGACCCAGCACACCAGGCCUCAGUGUUGUCUCAGGUAUCAGUGCGACCUCAGAAGACAUCCCCAACAAGAUCGAGGACCUGCGGUCAGAGUGCAGCUCAGACUUUGGAGGGAAGGACUCUGUGACCAGUCCAGAUGGGGAGGAGUCAGGCCACGGAGCACACCAUCUGACAUCUCCACCCUCACAGACCGAUUCCUUACUGGCCAUGUUCGAUCCUCUCUCCUCCGCUGAAGGCUCCUCCACUGGAACAAUAGUGAGGCCUAAAGUGCACUACGCCAGGCCCCCUCACCCUCCCCCUGAUCCUCCCAUCCCCGAAGCCAGUGCCCUGGGGCCGGAGACGCGCCACUCUCUCUUCACGCCCCACUGCCUGGCCCAGGCUGAACUGGAGCACACCAAGCAGCGCCACUCCUUCCCUGACAGGCUGGUCCGUAGCCGCAGCUCUGACAUCGUGUGCCCAGGCCGUCGGCCCACAAGUGACCCCGGCCUCAACCGGCGGGUAGCAGUUGAAGAGCGCGACCCUGCUGGGGCCUUCUCCUUAGGACCGUCCUCAUCCCCCAGCAAGGACUCCCUGAAAGGAGAGGCUGAGGACAGGAAGGACAGUGACGAUGAGAAGUCUGAUCGCAACAGACCAUGGUGGAAGAAACGUUUUGUGUCUGCCAUUCCCAAAGUGCUGUAUUGGACGGCUGAGAGUGAUGUCCCAGCUCCGAUACCAUUUCGGAAAAGGGACAAGCAGGAGAAAGACGACGUUGCCCAGGAGCGUAUCCCACAAGAUGACCCAUUGCCCAGACAAAGCUCUCAAGCGCAGGCAGCUGAAGACAUCCUGGACAAGUACAGGAACAUCAAGAGGACCAGCCCUAGUGACGGCGCCACAGGUGGAGCGUCUUAUGAUGGUACAGGAGAUCUUUGUGUUGAGGACAGCGUGCAUGACUCUCCUAGAGAUGACACUCUGCAGAACAUUUCCACAGACGACCUUCUGGACUCGGCCAGCCAGACAGCGCGGCAGCAUGACUCCAAGUUCUCCUUCAGUGAUGCAAAGAAGAAGCUGAGGUUGGCGUUGUGCUCUGCAGACUCAGUGGCUCUGCCCAUCAUGGCUCCUGCAACCACACGAAAUGGGCUGCCUGACCACCUGGACUGUGAAGACAAUGAGAUCGUCUGCUUCCUGAAGAUCCAGCUAGCAGAGGCCAUCAACCUUCAGGAUAAGAACCAGAUGGCCCAGAUCCAGGAGACCACGCGCUGUGUCAGCCGCUUCGACGCACGCACCUGCAGGAAGCUGCUUGCUGCCAUCGCGGAGGAUUACAGAAAGCGGGCACCGUACAUAGCUUAUCUAACCAGAUGUCGUCAGGGCCUGCAGACCUCUCAGGCUCAUCUGGAGAGGCUCCUCCAGAGGGUGCUGAGAGACAAGGAGGUGGCCAACCGCUACUUCACCACUGUCUGCGUCCGGCUCCUUCUUGAACACAUGGAGUCCAAGAUGCUUGACUUCAUUAAAGCGUUCCAGGGGUGCACAGCAUCGGAUGACAAGACAGCAGCAGUGGAGGAUUUUCUGCGCUACUUGUACGGCGCCAUGGCCAGUGAUGCCAUUUGGCAGUACGCUAGCGAGGACCAGCUGCAGGACGCCCAGAUGGCUAUCGAGCGCAGCGUUAUGAACCGCAUCUUCAAACUGGCCUUCUACCCCAACCAGGAUGGAGAUAUUCUCAGAGACCAGCUCUUCCAUGAACACAUCCAGCGGCUCUCAAAAGUUGUGACGGCUAAUCAUAAAGCUCUUCAAGUCCCAGAGGUUUACCUGAAGGAGGCGCCAUGGCCCUCUGCUCAGUCUGAGAUCAGGACCAUCAAUGCAUACAAGACGCCACGAGACAAAGUCCAGUGCAUUCUGCGCAUGUGCUCCACCAUCAUGAACCUCCUCAGUCUGGCCAAUGAAGACUCCGUCCCUGGAGCGGACGACUUUGUCCCUGUACUUGUCUUUGUCCUCAUAAGGGCAAACCCGCCCUGCCUGCUGUCCACCGUUCAGUACAUCAGUAAUUUCUAUGCCAGCCGGCUGAGUGGGGAGGAGUCCUAUUGGUGGAUGCAGUUCACCGCGGCGCUGGAAUUCAUUAAGACCAUCGACGAUCGCAAGUGAAGCAGAACAGCCACCUGUAUGGGCAGACUGCGGGGGAAGGAGCCGGGAGACUGGGAGACUUCCCAACCAACUGCUCCCUCUGCACAGCUUAUAAAACCUGGCCCUCAGCCUGCUCUUUAUUUGUAUAGCUUGUACAUAGCCAGAGACGUUGAGAGAUUACAAAAUAUAUAUUACUGUACGUAUGUGGACAAAUCCAGGUUUUAAGCCGUGGUGGAAAAAAAAAAAACGGCCUUGGGGGAAAAAUUGGCAAGAUGUUAACUUUGAACCUGAUUUGGAUUUUUCCUUAUCUUUUUGUCUCUUUAAUCAUAUUUCACUUUUGGGGUCUGUAUUAGGAAUUGUAUAUAUAUAUACACAAUUACCAUUACCAUUAUUACAUUAAAUCAAUCUAAAAGAUAAGCCUAUAUAAAGGGACCAGACUUCCUUGAUGUGAUCACUGAUCUUUUUACCCCCCCUGAGUGAGAGGGAAGGGCUUCCUAUUAAAUUACAAUAUAAUAUUUAAUUAAAUGCACUGUAACGUGGGGAUUUACAGUGCGUGAUAGUUACUGAUGGGAUUUAGUGACUCAAACACUGAGAUCAGUUCACAAUAACCAUAGUACUCAUAAGGUUAGUGUAUCAAAAAGUAGGGCAGCUUAUUUCAUGAAUUGUUUACUUCAUCUUAUUCCCAAAAACAAGUGUGUCAGUGACGAUUUGGACAUAAGGGCCCACAUAUUUAUAUGAAAUAAAAUGUAUUUAUUUCUGUAAUUCUAUUUAAUGCUUUGUUUAUCUCAUUUAAGGAAAAAAAAAUGCAAAGGCAUAUCAUGCCCAUUCAAGAUGUCUGUGGCAAGUGGUAUAAACUUGCUAGGAAAAAAAGCUUGAGUUAGGAAGGCACCUUAGCGAUGAGAAAGCCCGUAGGUGGGGACGCUGGGCGGUUGUGAUACAGGGUCGACUCAUGCACAGAGUAGCGGUGGCAUUUAUGGAAAUAUUGAAAAUAGUGCCUUUGAUGUGGGGCGCUCUGUACAGGUAGUUAUUUUUGACUUCUUUUCUUCUUCUUUUUUUAAAACCCAGCAUAGGCAUUAUCCCCCACCCCUACCCUCCCCCCACACACACACACACACUCCAGUGGGCCAACCGCGCAUCGCCACAUCACUGAUUGUCAUGGCUCGGCCCCUUUAAUGCACUUGAGUUUGAACAAAUGUCCCCUUUGCUAUUCUAGAUCCUACCUCAGAGUUGAAACCAAUAAACCUGAUAUCAGUCUGUACACAGUCUAACUGUCCUGCAUUGGUUGACAACAGAGUACUGGAUCAUUUUUGCACUGGUUAAAAAAUAAUCAACACAAAAACAGUGAGGGGAAGGUAGGAAAAGUUGGAUAUAGAGCUGCUGUGAUGCCUGUUGUGGUCACAUCACCCUUAAUUAACACAAGCCUUUGUUAGCGAACAAAGACGUUUUAGUUUGUAAUCUUAUACCUGAGAUGCCACAUGUGUCCUCAUGGGCAGACUAGUGAACUAUUGGAUAUUAGCUCUCUACCUCCUCUUAAGUUCAAGAAAGGGACUCGUGUUUAUGUGCACUUAUACUUCUUUUCUUUCUUUCUUUUUUCUCCCAAUUUGGCGUGCUGUGAUAUCCCAGUGUCAUUGUAUCUUUCCAAUUAUAGUACAAGCAUGUCUUUAAUUAUCCAGAAAUGACUAAAACUCCUCUUCUCUUGAAAUCCUCUGCUUCAUUUUUGUGCACAGACGUGCCACGUGUAUUAUAGUUUUUUCCCAUCACUUUUCACGGUAAACGACCCCACAGCACAUUACACAGUAGGAUAGAAGAGCAAAUAAUCAACACUAUUGACUUGUUACUGACUUGCAGUUUAUGCUAAAGUGGAUGGUGUAGUACGUGAGUGUGGUUUUUAUCUAGUCGAGUGUGUGUGUGAGACGAUCGUGUGACUGCUUGACCCUCUGCCUCCUCUUGCAUGAAGUCAUUGGAUGGUCUGUACAUUCUCAAUCAUGAUGAACAGUAGAAUAGGAUUAGUAUCUGCCACAGGCCAGUAAUUGAACCUGCAAGAGGAUGCAAAGCUUCUCUUUGUGUCUGUGAUACCUGCAUAUCAGAACUUGAUGAUUUACUUUGCACAAAACUGAUGUGUUUUCCUGAACAAAUUGACAGGGAGCAGUGCAUUUAUCUGAAAUGUCAGUAACCUCUGGCCUUUUACAGUCAUUUCACAUAAACACAUUGUGAGUAGCUAAGUUAAGCACCUGACUGUUACUCUUUCAAGCUGAUGAGCGUCCAUAUUUAUGGGGGCGACAUCACAAAUGCAUUUUCAUAUCCGUCUACUGUAGCCAGAUUUGUAUGUGUCUGCGCAGUAUACUUCCUCGCCGGGUCUGUGUAAUCAAUUUGAUGAGAAAACCAUGCACUGGAAAAUCAAGUUGCAGGUUGCAUCUAUACUAAUUAGGUUUAUGUGAUGUCACUUUAAUUGGAAAUACAUACUGCACAAAUCUGAUGAAAUUAUUUGGACCUGGCUUAUGUUUCAGCGUCUCCUCAGAUAGCAGGUCGCAGCGGCCACACGUGACCCCGGCGAAGCACUGAUCAGAACACACCGCGUCAUUUCCACCAAAAACACACACGACUGCGAGAGCGGCUGCAUUUUUAGCUGCGACUGUAUGCAAACCACUGCACGGUGGUGUCAAGUAAACCGACUAAAGAGUUGUCCGUUCCUCAAAGCUUUACUGCUCUGCUCCCUGUGCAAUUGAGUUUAAAGUCUGAGCAGAGAGAGAGAGAGAGAGAGAGAAAAAAGAGUUUUACAUCUUACAUCUAAUUUUACAUUUAAUUGUAAGCUUGCACAAUUAUGACAUGCGGGGAAAGCCGGUUUGUCUUUACUGUGAUUAAUGCAUUAUGUAAUUCUUUAAAAACAAUAAAAGAAGCAGAAGUUU